UUAGUGUGUGUGUGUGUGUAUCUGAUAUGGGUGCCAUUGGAGGAGACACCAAGGAUAAGGUUGUUGUUGUUGGGGAAAUGAAGCUUGAAAAGAUGCUAAGCAUGAAAGGGGGCAAAGGAGAGGGUAGCUAUGUCAACAAUUCUGAAGCACAGGCAAAACAUGCAAGGACAAUGGUCCCCCUCCUCAAGGAGACCCUAGACCUGGUCAAAUUGGGCCCGCCGGACCUCCCCUUUGUCGUCGCCGAUCUCGGCUGCUCCUGCGGCAGCAACACCAUCCAUGUCGUCGGCGUGAUAGUCAAGCACAUUGUCGGCCGCUACGAGUCCUCCCGGCAAGACCCGCCGGAGUUCUCCGCCUUCUUCUCCGACUUGCCCUCCAACGACUUCAACACCCUCUUCCAGCUUCUGCCGCCUCUUGCCAGCAGCGGCAGCGGCGGCAGCUUGGAAGACUGCUUGGCGUCCACCACCCACCGUUCCUACUUCGCCGCCGGUGUUCCUGGGUCGUUUUACCGCCGUCUCUUCCCCAAGAUGUCCGUUGACUUUUUCUACUCGGCAUUUUCUUUGCACUGGCUAUCUCAGGUUCCGGAGAGCGUGGCGGACGGCGGAGGGGCGGCGUACAACAAAGGGAGGAUUUUCAUCCACGGCGGAAAGGAGGCGGCGGCGAGGGCAUACGGGAAGCAGUUCAAGAGUGACUUGGCAGGGUUCCUGAGGGCCAGGUCAGUUGAGAUGAAGAAGGGUGGGUCCAUGUUCCUGGUCUGCCUGGGCAGGACGUCGGUGGACCCCACUGAGCAAGGUGGGGCCGGGCUUCUUUUUGGGACCCAUUACCAAGAUGCUUGGGAUGAUCUUGUCCAUGAGGGCUUAAUUACAAGCGAGAAACGAGACGGGUUCAACAUUCCGGUAUACGCGCCGAGCCUCCAAGAUUUCAAGGAGGUGGUAGAAGCCGACGGCGCGUUCAAAAUAAACCAGCUGCAACUGUUUAGAGGCGGCAGCCCGCUAGUGGUGAGCAACCCAGACGACGCGGCAGAGGUGGGACGCGCCUUCGCGAACAGCUGCCGGAGCGUGAGCGGGGUGCUGGUGGACGCCCACAUCGGCGAGGAGCUAGGGGAGGAGCUGUUCGUGCGGGUGGCGCGUCGAGCCACGAGCCACGCGAAGGAGAUCUUGGAACAGCUCCAGUUCUUUCAUGUAGUGGCUUCUCUUUCGCUUGCCGCCACGUGUACUUCUCGUCAAGCCGGUCACUCGGCCUCUGACCAUGACCAAGGUCAGACCGAUUCUUCUCAGCCAUCGCCGGCGGCCGUUCCUGGCCAAAAGCUGCGCCGGCUGAGGAAGCAAUUCCCCUCCUUGACCUCGGUGCUGAAGGGCAAGAGGGCCAGAUUGGAUGAGAACAUCAUGGCAUUGUGCCAUUGUCAAAUUAUUGACCAUGGGUUCACCGACGCCACUGACAUGAUCGGGCCUUCUAUUGAGUCCUACGGCCCACUAGAACCCAGACCGCCCUGGAUGCUCCCUUGCCAACUGGUCCCCAAUUCUUACCGGUAUAUCGUCAGUUACUUGAUCAAGUGCAAGGAAGUGGGGGUGAAGCCCACCUUUGACCAUUUCCUUUUUACCUUCAAACUGGACAAAGGGCUCCCAUGCUUCCAUCGCGUUCCGUGUCCCCAAUCCAACGCCACCCUCCUAUCAAUCACCCAGAAACUCUGCGGCCAAGGGGUCAUUGAGAUUAAGAAGGUGGUAACCAAGGAAUCUCUAGCAGCGCUCGGGUUUGAGUUUGUCCAAGAUGAGCAUCGCCAUCAGCCUGACUUGCUAAGGGACUUCCCCGGGGGGAGUGUUGAUUGUGGCCCUUUUGUCGAGCAAGAAGGGUUGGAAGAAGAGAUGGAGGGUGAUCUCUUGAUCGGUCACUUCAUUGCGGGGAGGAAGAGGAAGAGGGAUGCAGCCCGGCAGAGCAGGAGCAAGCGUUCUUCCUCGCGCGGCGAAGAUAACCCCCAGCAGGAACAAGUCGUGAUCGAGGUGGAAGAUCAGGGCGACGUGGUUCCGGAAACGAGGAUGAUGGCGAUCAACUCCCUACCGCGUUCCCUGACGCUCGGGGGCGACCUGGCAGGGUCAUCGUAGAAGGCCCUCUCGGAGCAACCUCGCUCCCCACCCGCAGUGACCUACGAGGACGGCGAUGUAGUUUUUUCUUAUGGCACUAAAGCUCUGAUCUUAUUUCCUAUGCCGACUAAGAUGCUACACUUUCAUUACGAAUAAAUUCUUGCCUGUAGAGGAGCGACGAGAAAGAGACAUACUUCUUGCCUAGUUCUUCUUCUUCCCAUCAAGCAAUAGAGAAGUGCUUACAUAAAAAACAAAAGAGCAACACAGAUGAGUGUUCCAGAGUUUUUCGUCCGUCCAGCCAAGCAAAUAGGUGUAUACACUAUCUACAGUGAAUUCUAUAUAUGAAAGACGAGGAGGAGGAAAUAGCUUGUAGUCUAUUUAAUAGACUACCCGUUGGAGAUGUUUUUUGUGUAUAGUAAAAGCUUUAUCUUUUA